CUUGCCAUAGCUAGACAAUGUCAAUUUGUCACAAGGCAAGGCUAAGUUAGAAAACUGAUUUUUUGCAAGUUUUUAUUCUGUUAUUAAUUAAAUUAGUGCCGUAUAAGGUUUCUUUCUGUUACAGAUAAUUGGUGUGUGUAAAAUAUACUGGAAUAAUGUGGCUGCAGGAAGUUGAAGAGGUAUUUAAAGGCUAUUUGCCAUACUACAUUUUAAUAUUUCUACCAAUAUUCAUUAUAGUCUCUCCAGCUAAUCCUGUGUUAGCCUCAUCUGAAUUUCCAGUAUAUAGAAUGCCACAUUAUGAUUUACACGGAAUAUCUCAUGGUUGUAGGAGUGCAGGUAUAAAUUUAGAAGCCAAAUCCCUGACUAACUGGAAUAAUGCUAGACAUUGUGUUGUAACUAACUUUAAAUCAUUGACUGUGGAUAGUUUUAAAAAUAUCAAAUCUAAAGCUGGAGCUUUACUGGCAAUGUUACCAGAAAAUUUAUCAAGUUUAUCAUCAGAAGAGUAUCAGCACCUUCUUCUAUUAGAAAAUGUCAUGUUGGCACAGGAGGUGACAAUUCCAGUAUAUUUUGUAAAAUAUUCUCCAGAAUUAAAAUCCAUAAUAGAAGACAUUGAAAGUAAUAUUGAAGACAAUCUGAGUAAGUCAGCAACUGAAGCUAUGAUAAAUUCUAUAGCUGGUAAUGGAUAUCAGAUAAUUAUUUCUGCUAGUACUCCUACUGUUAGAACUGAUGCUAGGAUUGCUACUAUACAUGGACAACUGUCUGGUUAUAGUGCCGAUGGAAAAAUUCCUACCAUAGCUGUAGUUGCCUAUUAUGAUAGUUUUGGAGUAGCACCUGAUUUAUCAUUUGGAGCUGAUUCAAACGGAUCAGGAGUAGUAAUCCUUUUGGAAUUAGUCAGAAUAUUUUCUACUCUUUACGCAGACCAAAAGACCCGUGGUCGAUAUAACAUAGUUUUUGUUUUAUCCGGGGGUGGAAAGAUGAAUUACCAAGGAAGUAAAAAAUGGUUAGAGGAACAGUUAGAUUCUGUAGACGGAUCUAUAAUUCAGGAAGUUUCAUACGUCAUGUGCCUCGAUACGUUGGCAGCCAAUGACUCAAUUUACUUGCACGUUUCAAAACCCCCCAAGGAAGGGUCGCCUACAUCACAAUUUUAUAAAGAAUUAAAAUCUGCAGCUAGCAAUAUACAACCAUCCGCUUCCGUGGAAGGAGUACAUAAAAAAAUCAAUCUGGCAGAUGAUAUUUUAGGUUGGGAACAUGAGCGAUUUAGUAUAAGAAGACUCCCAGCUUUUACCAUAUCUACGUUAAAAACCCAUAGAGAUUUUAGAAAAUCGACAAUAAUGGAUACGUGGGGAAAUUUAAAUAUGGAAAGGUUGGUGAAAAAUACCAAUAUCGUUGCAGAAGCAUUAGCUAGACAUAUUUAUGGUGAAUCUUAUGAAUCCGUUUUCGGAAGUUCUUUGAAAAUAAGUAGAAAAAAUAUUGAAAGUUGGGCCAAUACUAUAUCUAGUGAAGCUCGAUCACCUCAAUUAAUAAGUACAAAAGACAAUCCCUUGGUAGCCUUCAUUUAAACAAACUUUUAAUGAAUUUUUAAGGGAAGUUAAAGUUACAGUAGCUGUACCUGACAAAAGAGAUCCAGAUUUCCAAUUUUAUCAUAAUACCGGGGGAGUCGUCAACGUUUACAGCGUUAAGACCAGCUAUAUUCGACCUCGUUUUGACUAUCGCUAUCGUAUUGUACCUGGUAAUAAUAUAUUUUUUGAUAGAACGCUUUCCUGCAUUGUACAAAAUAGCCUGUUCGUUCACAGCCAACAAAAAGAUCAAAAGCAAUUAACCAAAUAUUGAGUGCUGCGUAGUCAUUAUUAGUUUUUUUAUUAUUUUUUUUUGUUCAAUAUAUUUGUUAUAAUAUAUAUUCUAUACAUAUUUUACAUCGAAUAAUUUUUACGUCUGUGAUUGUGAAUUAUGCGACGUUUUUGUUCAAAGACCAGACUCAAAAAACUCAAAACUGUUUUACCUGCAAUAAUUUAAAAUAAAUACGUUACUUUAUCA